AUGGAAGUCACUAUUGUUCCCUCCGCUCCAACAGGAAACGAGUACUACGAAAUCCGCGCGAUCCCCAUCAAAGGCUAUGGUUGCUUCGCACUCAAAGACAUUGCACGCGGCAGCCGGAUCCUCGCCGACUCCCCCCUCCUCAUCGUCCCCGUCGCUGACUACAUGCUUUCCGACAUUGAGAAAGCGUUUGCCGAGCUCACACCCACGCAGCAGACGCUCUACCACACCCUGCAUUCCAGCCACGGCCAAGAUCCCAAGGGCUGGCCAUCCCGCAUCCACGAGUCGGUCUCAGCCAAGGAGCGCAAAAGAAUUGGAGAACAACAUGAAGCGAGAACAAGAAAAGAAGCUAGUUUGAUCUCCAUUUUCCAAACAAAUUGCAUGGAGAUGAAUCAAGGCGCUGCCGUCUUCUCGCACGCGUCCCGCUUCAAUCACUCGUGUAAUCCAAACGCGUGCUUCAGCUGGAAUGCGUCGAUUGGCAAAGAAACAAUCCACAUUAUGAAUCCUGUCCGCGCAAACCAAGAAAUCACGCUAUCCUACUGCGACAUGAUACACGAUAAACGGCUUCGCACGUACGAGCUGAAGCACUACGGGUUUGUGUGUGAUUGCCCGGCUUGCGAGGACGAUGAAGAAGACGAGGCGGGAUUUGGGUAUCAGAGUGCGGAACGGCGGUUCAGAUUGCAGGAGUUGGAGAGGGAGACGAGGUUCUUUCGGGGCGCGGGACUAGAGAAGGGGGCUAAAAGAGAGGAUUUUGUGGGCAAGUUGGUGGAGAUGGCGGGCUUGCAUAGGGCGGAGGGCGACUUUACAGCGAGACUGGCUGCCGUGUUUCUGGAUAUCGCACUCGUUUGUGAGAUCAAGGGGGACCUUAAGAUGGCGGAGGCUACUGCUAUCAAGGCUUUGGAGGUCAAGAGGGACUGCCAGGGUGCCGAUUUCCCCAACUACAACAGGUAUACUGAUGUGCUUCAUCGCAUUGAGUCAAAAAUCGCUCUGCAGCGUUAA